GAGCGGGAUCCAAAAACCUCCAGCUCUUGAGUUUGGUGAGGCGGAAGGAAUUGACUGUCACCGGCAAGGGAGGAUCUGGGGAGGGGAAUCCUUUCGGAGGCGUUCAGUCGCACGUCCUCAGCAUACCUUGCUCUCCUAGGAUCAGGGGAGACAAAAGCGUCGAGAUCAGCAAGCGAUUGAGUAAACAGAAUCUGUACACAGUAAAUCUCCGGCAACAAGGCUGCAUAAACAAGGGGUUUUCCUUUCCACAACCAGACAGGAAACCGACAGCCAGCCUCGCGGCAUCCGAAUCAAGGUUCAACCACAGGGAUGUGUUGCUAUGGUGGUCAGUACUGUGUAGGGGCACUGAGCCAAGGCCAUGAAUGCCAAAGAGAGACAAGCUCACACACCAAGAGGGCAAGUGGCAAAUUCCCCAUGAGGACGACGGCAGCAGCAGACCAAGAUGCAUGAACCCGUCACCACCAUCCCCAAAACCAAAGUCGCCACCACGAUUCGACGCGGCCGAUACCACCAUGAACCCCAACCCAACUAAUCUCUCUCAGCUGCGACGGCGCAUCAGCCUCCAAGGCAGCUGAGAAACCACACAGCAACCGGCGUAGCGCAGCAUCUGACUGGGUCCCGGCAAGAUGA